GUGGCGUCGUUGGUCCAGGUUCGUCGUAUACGUCGCGCGGUUGCCGCACGAUAAUCAAUUGUCAAUCGGUUUCUCCUCGCGGGGAGUUUCGCGGCAGUUGGUAAUCGUUCGAUGAUUCGAUUCUCGAAGUAGACGAGUCGCUGUCAGCGGUAGUCGUCGCUCGCCGUCGCCCGGGUACAUUUCGUCGCGCUGAUCCCCGGUGUGCUUUUCGUGGAGGACAAAAGAAGCGCCCGCACUUGAAAAGGAGGAGGCCGAAAGAGAGAGAGACGCGCUUUAUCGCCAAGACCUGACUAGAAGCGGCCCGUCCGCGUUCACCAGGGAAACAUGACGACGGAAGAGAAAUUCAACGCAGCUGUGAACGUGAUCAGGAGCCUGCCGAAAAAUGGAGCGUACCAGCCGAGCCACGAGAUCAUGCUGCGAUUUUACUCGUACUUCAAGCAGGCGACCGAAGGGCCCUGCCAGCAGUCGAAACCCGCGUUCUGGGAGGUGGUGAAGAAGGCAAAAUGGGACGCCUGGACGCGUCUCGGUAACAUGAGCCGCACAGAAGCCAUGAAUAAUUACGUGGAGGAAUUAAAGAGAAUCGUCGAGACUAUGUCUUACACGGACAACGUGGCGACUUUUCUCGGCAGUUUGGACUCGUUUUAUGAGAGCGUGCCGACCGAGGAUUUGGAGCUGCUCGUGGGACCAGUGCUGGAGCGUAUGCGCUCCCAACCGGGUUCACCGUUAUCCGGCUCGCCGUUGGCAUCCAGAGAAACGUCACCCCACAGGGUCUGCAACGCUUCGCGACAUAUAACUAGCAGUUUGGAGACCAGCCCGACCAGCAGCCGCACCGCGAGCCCGUUGCCGCAGGACACUGACGGUGAAGAGGAGGAAUUUAUAGAUACCGUCGAGUCCGCGCCGGAGAGAUCGCAGAAAGACGCAUUAAAAUCUUCUACUUGUCCUCAAAAGGUACAAACGACGGCAAAUAACGGAAUUGAUAAUUCGAAUACAGAGAGCACUGUAGUGACGGAGAACAUUGAAUUAACUAAUGGAUACAGUAACGCUAACGGCCACGCGGUGGACGCCGCGGCGGACGGUAAGCGGGAGAGGGGUAGACAGAGAACAAAGAAAGACGACAAAUUCAACGCGGAGUUCCUCAAUCAGAUCGCCACGACCGUGCAGCAUCUCCAGAGAGAUCUCGACCGAGUGACCACCAGAGUACGGAGUUUAGAAGGGCGAGCCUUGCAAGCGCUGGCGCCGCAAAGCGUGUACACCGGCAAACGCGCACACCCGAGCUGGUGGCCGUUCCACGAGUGCUCGCCUCGAUUGUUCGCCGUAUUAAUCCUGUGGCCAUUCCUCGCUCAUAUGCUGAUCAACGCCACGCAGCGCUACCGCCAACGAAAACUGUGAUCCUACGGUUAUUACUCUCAUGCAGCUGAGAAUCCGCUUUCAUCGAUCGGGUCGGCGAUUUUCAGUUGAGGAACGACGUACAGAGAUUCUCUCGCAGGGCAAUUUUCUCACUAUAUCCUAAUACAAUCUCCGAUUACGUUCGUAAACGUGAAUUGUGAUAAUACCGUAACCAGGUCGGUCUCUCUGUACAUUUUUACACACACACAUAUAUAUAUAUAUAUAUGUGUGUGUGUGACCUGUUUAAGAGGUCACGCACUUUCUCUCCCGACUGCAAAUUGUCUGUCGAGCGAGCAGUGCUCGAUGGAUUCACAGCGAAAGUUCGGAUGCCGUUGUAAUCUGCAAUUGCAUCAACUUGACCUUACAGUUUCAUGAACGCAAGCCUCGGUGGCUCGGUUCGAUGUUUUUCCUCUCUAAAUUUCUAACCACCGGCGGAUCGAAGACGAUCUCUCGGACCGGUUACCGAGGAUCUCUGUGUGUUUCGGAGAGAGUGCGCGACCUUACGGAAUAAACUAUGUAAAAUACAAUGAUAUAGUUCAGUGGUUUCUAAAAGGUGGAAUUGUAUGUGUAUUAUAAUAUAAAUAAUUAUAUAUUCGUAAGUUGUAAUAUAAACACACACAUACACAUACGGGGAAAGCAAAUUCUUUUGUACACGUUAAAGCGUACGUGAUGGUUACUGUUCUACUGUAUAUUCUACGUGUAAUGUAACGAGUUUUUAAGAAAACGGGGGGGGGGCUCAAAGCGUCCACGCACCCGGCAUUACAAUGGCGACAUCGUCGUGAUCAACGUGCGAAACUUUUACAUUUACGGUGCAGUUUUUACCUAGCGAGAGCUCGCGGCGAGCUUGAUGUACAUAGGUGGAAUAUGAGAAAUACAUAAAUUUCUAAUUA